AUGAGAAAAAAAGCCCUGGCCAUAGUUGAAAAAUUGGCAACUCCCUUUCUGGUACAGAACAGCACAGGCUUGGACAACUGCAUCAAUGUUAUGACACUGAUAAAGUCUAACUUCAAUGAUUCAAUUACACAAGUGACCCCUAGUUGUGGAAACUAUAAUCUCCAACAGGAUGGUACUAGACAGGAAGAAGCCGAAGAGGAGCUUAGUGAGGAAGAGCCUUGGUUUGGGAACUCUUCAGAAACCCCAUCAGAAGCAUCUUAUGGAGAAAUCCAGGAGAACUUCAAAUUAUCCUUUGAGGAUAGGAUCCAAGAACAAUCCACAUCUCCAGAUACUUCUUUGGGUAGCGGGACUCCUAGCAGCAACACAUUGGAAUUGGUGGUUGUUGAGAAUGAGGGCAUGAGAGAUGUAUUACAGAACAAGGAACAUCUCUCUUCUAGCGUAUCUUCUAUCUGUGAUGAUGAUAAUAAUCCUGGCCCAAACAAGCCGUUGAGUAGUAACUUGAGACGUCUGUUGGAGGCUGGUUCUCUCAAGCUAGACACUACUAUCACGGUUAAUGGCCGGGUUGAGUCCCCAGUAAAUCUUGGCUCAAAUAUCUCUUUUUCUCCAGCUACACAUCAUGCCCAGCAGCUAAGUGUCCUUGCAAGAAAGCUAGCUGAAAAACAGGAACAAAACGAUCAGUAUGGCCCAAACACAGGUUUCAUAUGGAAUCAAGGCAAAUGGUUGCCUAACUCAAUGCCCUCUUGCAGCUUGUCUCCAGAUUCAGCAAUUCUAAAAUUGAAAGCCGCUGCCAAUGCAGUCCUUCAGGACAAGUCUCUUUCUCGAACUGAAGAUCCAACAAUAAGGUUUGAAACCUUCCCUUCACCAUUUAGUUCUCAAUCAGCAAGCUCCACCUUAGCUGCAUUAUCAAAGAAGGUCAGUGAAAGAAGCAUGACUCCUGGUCAGGACCACUCACCGCCAGCAAAUUCUUUCCUUUCUCUCACCUCAAUGACUUCUUCAGCAGCCCUACUCAAGGAGGUGGCUGCAAGAGCUGCAGGCAGCCUUUUGGCUGAAAAGAAAAAGUCACUGAUUGUAGAACCUCCCUUGCAGCUUUCAGACAUGAAGCAAGAGAAAGUGACUCCACCACAGUCUUUGGAACUAUUGUUACUCCCAGCCCCUAAAGGAAGAACUUCUAAAACCACAAAUUCAGCCUCAGAAGAAGAAAGUGGAAAACCUUUCCAAUGUCCAAUCUGUGGCUUGGUUAUAAAAAGGAAGAGCUACUGGAAACGGCACAUGGUGAUCCACACAGGCUUAAAAAGUCAUCAGUGUCCUUUGUGUCCAUUUCGUUGUGCACGGAAAGACAAUUUGAAGUCACAUAUGAAGGUUCACCAACACCAGGACCGGGGAGAGACAUUUCAGUGCCAGCUGUGUCCAUUUACUUCCUCUCGCCAUUUCAGUCUGAAACUCCACAUGCGUUGCCACCAACACUUUCUGAGAACAGAAGCCAAAGUGAAGGAAGAGAUUCCAGAAAUGGAUGUCAAGGUCUCACCACUACUGAGUGACAACUCCAGAAUGGGUCAGGAGGUGGAUGGAGGAACAGACCAUGUAGGGACUACUGCUGCCUCUAGAUCUCCUGAUGCACUUGGGCAGGUGGGAACUAUCAUUCCACCUCUGCUAGUCAAAGAAGAACCCAAAGAUGACAGCAGUGCCCCUAGCCCCUCUUUAGCCCUCAAUGUUGUUGACAGAAUUGCCAACAGUACAAAGCUAAAAGACUCAAUUGACUUUGUGACCAAUACAGCAUCAGCACUUUUCAGUCAAGAUAUAUCGGUCAAGAUGGCUUCAGAUUUUCUCAUGAAACUUUCAGCAGAAAGUUGCAAGGAAUCCCAGACAAUAAAGAUUAAAGAAGAGCCAAUGGAGGUUGAGAUUCAUGACUCCCAUGCUUCUGUUUCACCUAGCCAAAAUGUCAGUUACAGCACUUUACUCAGGCAAGAGAUAACUGAACAGGUUCAAAAGAUCCCUGAAAGCCGUGUAGUUCCGGAGAGAAACCUCUUUAGCCAAGAUAUAUCCGUGAAAAUGGCUUCAGAAUUACUUUUUCAAUUGUCAGAAAAAGUGAGCAAAGAGCACAAUCAGUCUAAAGAUAAUACCAUCACAAUUACAACUAGCCCAUUUUUUUCUGAAGAUACUUUUAGACAAUCACCAUUCACUUCCAACUCAAAAGAUCUUCUGUCUAAUGAGAGUGCUGUUCAGGGAAGAACAUCAGUUCUAGAAACAGAGAAGAUAGGACUGGAAACUGGAAAUGGGUUGCCGUCCUGGAAAUUUAAUGACCAGCUCUUUCCUUGUGAUGUAUGUGGAAAAGUGUUUGGCCGACAACAGACGUUGUCCCGACAUCUCUCCCUGCACACGGAAGAGAGAAAAUAUAAAUGCCAUUUGUGCCCAUAUGCUGCUAAGUGCCGUGCUAAUCUGAACCAGCAUCUGACUGUGCAUUCUGUGAAGUUGGUGAGUACAGACACUGAGGACAUUGUCAGCGCUGUCACAUCUGAAGGCAAUGAUGGGAAGAAGCAUCCUUAUUACUACAGUUGUCAUGUGUGUGGAUUUGAAACAGAGCUGAAUGUCCAGUUUGUCAGUCAUAUGUCGCUUCAUGUGGAUAAAGAACAAUGGAUGUUUUCUAUUUGCUGCACAGCCUGUGAUUUUGUUACCAUGGAAGAGGCAGAGAUGAAGGCUCAUGUUGCCACCAAGCAUACAGGUGAAGAAAGGAAAACACCCAGUGAUUCAACCAGUCCUUCUUCUUCUUCCUUGUCAGCACUUAGUGAUUCUGCCAAUAGUAAAGAAGAUGCAGAUAUCAGCCCCAAGCCCAAGGGAUCCAAUAACCUGCUAGUUAUUUCCGUAGUGCCUGGUAGUCAGACUCUAUUAAAUGCGGAAGAAAAAUCAGAGAAAGGUUUUGAAUGUGUUUUCUGUAACUUUGUCUGCAAAACAAAAACCAUGUUUGAGCGCCAUUUGCAAAUCCACCUGAUUACACGGAUGUUUGAAUGUGAUGUGUGCCACAAGUUCAUGAAGACUCCUGAGCAAUUACUGGAGCACAAGAAAUGCCAUACUGUCCCCACUGGUGGGCUCAAGUGUCCCUUCUGCAUUUAUUCCACAAACCGUCCAGCAGCAAUGGAAUGCCAUUUGAAAACCCACUACAAAAUGGAGUACAAGUGCCGGAUCUGCCAAGCAGUGAAAGCCAAUCAGCUCGAGCUGGAAAUGCACGUUCGAGAGCAUCGCCUUGGCAACCACUACAAGUGCGAUCAGUGUGGCUAUCUUUCAAAGACUGCCAACAAGCUGAUAGAGCAUGUGCGUGUGCAUACAGGGGAACGCCCUUUUCACUGUGACCAGUGCAGCUACAGCUGCAAACGCAAAGACAAUCUCAACCUGCACAAGAAACUCAAGCAUGCGCCCCGGCAGACCUUCAGCUGUGAAGAGUGCCUCUUCAAGACCACCCACCCAUUUGUCUUCAGCCGCCAUGUGAAGAAACAUCAAAAUGGUGACUGCUCUGAAGAGGAGAAAAAAGGGCAGGGUGUGAAUUCUAAGGAAGCCAGGCCCCUGCUCGUGGCCAACAGUUCCCGCAGCCUCUUGUCCCCUCUCUCAGUGAUGUCAGCCUCCCAUGCUCUUCAGACAGUGGCCAUGUCAGCCGCUCAAAGUGGCCGGGCAGAGCUGAGGUCCUUGACCGUAAACGGCACUUCCCUGUGCUUUGAUAAAUACCGGAACUCUGAGUUUGCCCACCUCAUUCCCUUGACCAUGUUUUUCCCAAAAAACCACUUUGAAAUCACAUUCCAUCCGCCUCAAUCACAGACCCUACGUUUGGAUGACACUUCGCCAAAACACUCCUUCCUUGCCUAUCUCGGACUAACAGAAAGAGCAGACGCUCUCUAGGACAGCCUCCUCUGUACCAAAAAUCCUCCACACCGCACCCCGUCACACCCACCAGACUCCAAGCAGAUU